UCAGUCUGAGCUACGAGCCGUAGCAGCCACUGGCGGAGUAGCUAGCUCUCUGUUUACCAGUUCAGGCAGUUCAGUUGGCAACAUUUGUAGYUGUCGCUAAAUUUAUUUAUGUAUAAAGCCGAUGUUCUAGUUGAAGAAGACCGCUUACAAAGUAAUUACGCGUGUUCGGGUUCGUAAGCAAGCUCGGUUUUUAGCCACAAAAGAUCGAAAAGAUAAAACGACUGGAGGUGGAGUUCCUCCGGAGUGCGAUGGCUAAUGCUAGGGCUGACCAGACGUAGCCUACGGAGCUGGCCAGCAGCGUACGACAUGGACGAGUUUAUUUUUCCCCCGAAGCUUUAGAUAAAUUACAGUGUCUUGCGUGCAGUGUCGGAACCGGAACAUUGGAUAGCAGUUUUCUGUCCGCUUCUGGGAGUCACUGAAACGGUCUCUGGUCCUGGCUGGAGCGCUGGCCUUGGAAGUUAGCAGAAGGCUACCGAGCUGCACUUCGGGCUCGUAUACGAAAGGCGCAUGUUGCUGAUGGCUUCUCUGCCCGCUAUGGACACCGCGACUGACUCCUGCCCUGCGGUGCACCAAAAUGGGACCGCUCAUCGGGAAUCUUCAGACACGAGACCGGCAGCGCCUGUUCUGACUAUUCAUUUCUAUCACAGCAGCCAGGGAGCAGCCGACUGCGGCUUCCUCAGCUACCCACCUGGGGACUACGUGGCUGAGGAGCUGUGCAUAGACGCAGCUAAGGCGUGCUGUAUAUCACCUCUGUACUUCAGCCUUUUUGGUCUCUUUCGGGAGCGAGACCGCAUGUGGUUUUCUCCUAAUCACAUCUUCCGGCUUGAUGAGUUGUCCUCUGAAGAUGUGUUUUUUAGAAUACGCUACUACUUCCCUGGCUGGUACAGUAGCGGAGCAUCUCGUGCUUAUCGUUAUGGGGUCAAAAAAGGGUCAGAAAGCCCCAUCCUUGAUGAUUAUGUAAUGUCCUACCUCUUUUCUCAGUGGAGAAAUGAUUUUGUGAAUGGCUUCGUGAAGAUUUCCGACUCCCACGAGACGCAGGAAGAGUGCCUUGGUUUGGCUGUUCUGGACAUGACCAGAACAGCUAAGGAGAAACAGUUGCCACCUCUGGAUAUCUACCACUCUAUAAGUUACAAGUCCUUCCUGCCAAAGGACAUGAGAGCUCAAAUUCAGGACUGCAGUUUCUUGACACGUAAGAGAAUCCGCUUCCGCUUCAAGCGCUUCAUCCAGCAGUUCAGUCAGUGUCGGACCACCGUCCGUGAUCUCAAGCUCAAGUACCUCAUCAGCAUUGAGUCGCUGGAGAAGGCCUUCUACACGGAGACCUUCCAGGUCAGAGAGCCUUCCAGUGAGCCGUCCAGCGGACAGCUCGUCAUUCUGGUCGCUGCGGACACUGGGAUACAGUGGUGUCGAGAGAAACUGAAAGAUUCUGAUGAGGAGCUGCAAACCUUGUGCGACUUUCCUGACGUUACUGAUAUCAGUAUCAAACAAGUUAGCAAAGAGGGUGCAGGAGAGAGCCGUUUGGUCACCAUCAACAAGCAAGAUGGCAAGAAUCUGGAGCUGGAGUUUCCCAGCUUGUCUGAAGCCCUCUCRUUUGUGUCCCUCAUCGAUGGGUACUAUCGACUGACCACAGACGCACAUCACUACCUUUGUAAGGAAGUGGCGCCCCCCAGACUUGUGGAGGCCAUAUCUUGUCAUUGCCAUGGYGCCAUUUCAAUGGAGUUUGCUGUCAACCGGCUUCAGAAGUGUGGAAACAUGCGGGGGUUGUACAUUCUCAGAUGUAGCCCGAAAGAGUUCAACAAGUAUUUUCUAACGUUCCCAGUUGAGGUGUAUGAUGCUGUAGAUUACAAGCAUUGCCAGAUCACCAGGUCUUUGGCUGGUGAGUUUAACCUCAGUGGAACCAAAAGAAACUUCAGCACUAUGCAGGAACUUCUCAGCUGCUACCAAAAGGAAACCGUGCGCUCGGAUGGCAUCAUUUUCCAGUUCAGCAAGUGCUGCCCUCCUCAAUCUAAAGAGAAGUCCUGCCUGCUCGUGUGCAGGAGCAACAAGGGUUCAGAAGUGCCUGUGUCUCCAUCACUUCAGCGACACAACAUUAGUCAGAUGGUGUUUCACAAGAUCAGGAAAGAAGAUCUGGAAUUUAUGGAGAGUCUUGGUCAAGGAACAUUUACAAAGAUUUUCAAAGGCAUUCGAAAGGAGCUUGGAGACUACGGACAGAUACACCAAACGGAAGUUGUGAUGAAAGUUCUCGACCUGGCCCACAGAAACUACUCUGAGUCUUUCUUUGAAGCAGCCAGUAUGAUGAGCCAGCUGUCCCAUAAACACCUGAUUCUGAACUACGGAGUGUGUGUCUGUGGAGAAGAGAACAUUAUGGUGCAGGAGUUCGUGAAGUUUGGCUCUCUGGACACCUACUUGAAGAAGAACAAGAACUCCAUAAACAUUCAGUGGAAGCUUGAAGUAGCAAAGCAGCUGGCCUGGGCCAUGAACUUCCUGGAGGAAAAGCAUCUUGUUCAUGGGAAUAUAUGUGCCAAAAAUGUUCUGCUAAUAAGGGAAGAGGACAGAAGAGCUGGAAACCCGCCUUUUGUUAAACUCUCUGACCCUGGAAUCAGCGUCACUGUCCUCCCCAAAGAAAUCCUGAUCGAGAGGAUCCCCUGGGUGCCCCCUGAAUACAUCAAGGAGCCUGUGAAACUGAGCCUGGCUGCUGACAAGUGGAGCUUUGGCACAACAUUGUGGGAAAUUUGCAGUGGAGGGGAGAAACCUCUAGCAACACUAGACAACUCAAAGAAAAUCUUGUUCUAUGAGGAUCACCAUCAUCUUCCUGCUCCAAAGUGGACAGAACUGGCGAAUCUGAUUACCAGCUGCAUGGACUACGAGCCCACKUUCAGACCCACGUUCCGCGCAGUGAUUCGUGACCUCCACAGCCUCUUCACACCAGACUAUGAGCUCAUCAUGGACGACAUCCUGCCAAACAGGACAGUGGGGUCUGGCUGGACGACAGGAGGACUUGAGAAUCAGGAACCGGCUCUGUUUGAAGAAAGGCACCUCAUUUUCUUGCAGUUGCUUGGCAAGGGAAACUUCGGAAGUGUGGAGAUGUGUCGUUAYGACCCGCUUCAGGACAACACGGGGGAGGUCGUGGCUGUGAAGAAACUCCAGCACAGCACCGCRGAGCAUCUACGAGACUUUGAACGAGAGAUCGAAAUUCUCAAGUCUCUCCAGCACGAGAACAUUGUCAAGUACAAGGGUGUUUGUUACAGCGCAGGUCGAAGAAAUCUUCGUCUCAUCAUGGAAUACCUUCCUUUUGGAAGUCUGCGAGAUUACCUCAUGAAGAACAAGGAGAGGAUAGACCACAAUAGGCUUGUUCAUUAUGCUUCUCAGAUCUGCAAGGGAAUGGAGUACCUGUCCAGUAAACGGUACAUCCACAGAGACCUGGCCACACGAAACAUCCUCGUUGAGAGUGAGCUGAGAGUGAAGAUUGGAGAUUUUGGCCUCACCAAAGUGCUGCCUCAGGAUAAGGAGUACUACAUGGUGAAAGAACCAGGAGAGAGCCCCAUAUUCUGGUACGCGCCCGAGUCUCUGACGGAGAGCAAGUUUUCUGUGGCGUCAGAUGUCUGGAGCUUUGGRGUGGUGCUCUAUGAGCUCUUCACCCACAGCGACAAGAACUGCAGCCCCCCUGCAGUUUUCAUGUCGAUGAUGGGCAACGACAAGCARGGGCAGCUGAUCGUUUAUCACCUCAUCGAGCUCCUCAAAUCAGACAGCAGGCUGCCUCAACCCCUGGGCUGUCCCACAGAGAUGUAUGAGAUCAUGAACGAGUGCUGGGAUAAAGACCCCACCCUGCGCCCUUCUUUCAACGAGCUGGCCCUUCGCAUCGACCUGUUCAGAGACAGUAAGGAGUUUUAAAAAAACAAAUCCAGUUCCCYGCCGCUCUUCAACAAAAACACUGAAAGCUCUGUUGCGGCUAAGAGAGGAAGGCCAACGCGAGGUUCCUCCGCUGGCGACUGGAAACAUGGGAGCUUGGAUUAAGGACUACUGCCGAGGUGCCUUGGAGCGAGGCACGUUUGUGUCGUGGAGCAGCUUGGUGGGCUGCAGCCGGUUGGACGAGGUUAAACUUGAAGGCUAUUGUUGAAAAUGAGCAAAAUUUGGUCAAAGUUUUAAAGACUUGAAGAGUUCAUAGAGACUGUGACAAGACUGUUGCCAGACCUGAAGCUAAWGAUGGUUGUGGUAAACAAGUUUGUGUGUGUUUGUGUGCGCGCGUGUGUAUGUGUGUCAUUCGUACAAACAGCUAGCUGGCCUAGCUCUCAUCCACAGUUGCUGUCAUCUGAAAACGACUUGUAGUUUAUUUUUAUGUGUGUGUGUGUGUGUGUGUGUGUGUGUGUGUGUGUGUGUGUGUGUGUGUGUGU